AUGGUUAAGUUGGGUAAACAUCUCACUAAGCGUAUUGCAAAAAAACCAGUAGCAAAAAAACCUAAGCUUACCUGUACGCUUGAUGAUAUUACUUUCAACAAUUGUGAAAAACUUAAACGUUAUAAAAAACUUAAAGAACAUCCAUAUUUUCAAGAAGUUAUUGAUGAAAAUACUGUGCGAUCUAAAUACAUUUUGAACAGUCAUUUUGAUAUGAAGUUUAUCAAGUUACUUAAAAAUAAAAAUUUGAAAAAAUUAUUUUGUGCGUCUGCUAAUUCAGAUGAAGCUGAAAUUUGGCUUCAAUUAGCUGAACUUGGAAGAAAAGGAGCAUUUACUACUAAUAAGACCUUUGAGGAAUUAGUACGAUUAAUGGUACAAAUCAAAAAACUUGAAACAGCAGGAAAGCGUAAAACUGGCAUCUGGCAUUUUCACAGCAAAGAUCAAGAUAUUUUAACAAGUCCAGAAAUAUCUCUUGAAAAUAUUGCUUGUUUUGCCAAGAUUGCCAAUGAAUUACAUUGGAAGGGUCCAGUAGUUCUGAUAACGGAUUGUAUGAAAUUAUGA